AUGAAAGACACUUUGAGUGAUCUCCGCGACUGGAUGAGCGACCGCAUCACCCGUGGUGAGAAAUUGAUCAACUUGCUUCUCGAUAGGGGUGCUUCUGCUCAAGCGGUUGACAUCCCUACCACAGAAGUCGAACAGACGACCAUGAUACUCUCCUGGGUCCUCGGUCUAGUUUCCUCCCGAGCCAGUUACGCGUUGAUGAUACGGCCCAUUGACAAAGAAGGAAACGUACAUGCUGAGCAGCAGUACGAGCAUCAACCUUCAUGCGUGUCCUGGUCAGAGAUGGAGAUCCAUUGGGCCGUGACCACACUUCACUGGGCAGCUGCGGGCCCCGUAUCAUUCGAAUGCUGGCUUCCCGAUGAGGAGAUCAGGAAUCGGAUUAUCAAUACAUUGAAGCUGCUCUUGGCUGGCCGUCCUGACAACGAUAUCAAUGCUCGGGACAAUCAGGGCGCGACUCCCUUACAUUACGCAAUAAGCAACCACUUUGAUGCCGUAGUGAAGUUCUUACUGGAGAUUGGAGGGGACGCAGCCGUGGGCGGUAUCAAUAAUCGAACCGUGCUACACCAACUCGCAGCCCGCUACAUGGACGGCGAACCCAUCGGCAGGGCUCUGAUAGACAUUCUCCUCUCGCACGAUGUAAAAAUCAACCGACAAGAUAACAACGGCAACACAGCAUUGCAUCUCAUGACCAGAAACCCACGCCACGAUCCUGGUUAUUCGAGGUGCUGA